CUUUCAUCUUCCCAUUGGAUUUCCUCUCUCUAGCAACUCUGGUAUUAAAGAGAGAGAAGUUGGGGAUUGUGGAGCCCAAAACUGGACCUGUGCUUUGCUGGCUUCCUAGCUCUCCAUUGUUGGUCUUUUAUGGGGCUUGUCUGCUAAGAGAAAAAAGAAAUAAAAGAUAGAGGGGAGAGGAGGGAAGAGAGAGAAAGUUAGGGGGUGGGGCGACGGGCUUCAUCUCCUUCUUCUUCAUUUAACAAAGACUUGACCUUUAUCGAAAACCCACCACAUCCAUUUUUUUUCACUUCCCGUUCCUAAUUCCAUCUCCUUCCUCCUCCUUGCUUUCUCAACAGCAAAACCCAGUUGUGGGGGAAAGGAGAAGAAAUCCCCCGAAAAGCCUCACUUUGUUUCUUCCUUCAGUGAUUCUGUUAAACUUUCCCCUGCCCUCACCUCUUGAGGAAGGAUCCGCAGAUCUCAUCGAACCCCACAUGAAGUUUGUUUCUCAACUGUUGGGUGAUAAUAUAGGUAGGGACUUUGAGGAGAGGGAGAGAGGGAGCUCAGUCAAAUUUUGAUUGAUUGAUUAAUUUUGGUUCAGAGGCAAGUUCUUUGGGGUACAUGAUGAGGGGGAAAAGGAGGUGUUUGCUUUUGUUGAAAUUUUAGUUGAAUUUUGGUGGUUGAUUGGUUCUUGCUAAGUUGGGAUUUGGUCAUUUCUAAAGGUGAUUUUUUGAUGGCUUCAAUGUGAAUGGUUGGACCUUCUGGAGGAAGUUUGUAACUUUUUGUGUUUGCCCCCCUUAAUGGCCUGAAACUAACCAAUCUCUUCCUCUGUUGAAUGUGGUGACCAAACACAUGUCCAGUUUACCCGAUUCCCGUGUUCAUCUUUACUUGCUCCUUACAAAGGGUCCCCCUCUUUUGAUUUUUCCAUCAUUUGCGGCUUUGGGAUUCUAAGUUCUUGUAGAGGUGGACCGUUAUGGAUGGUUCUGCUGCAAAUUCACAUCUGAAACCAGCAGAAGUAAAAGGCGGCUGCUUUAGAUCCUGUUGAAGAGUGGUGAAGCGGGUAGGGGUUCAGAAACUGAGAUUUCUGCUGUCAAGUGCUGUGUUGAAUGCUGGUGAUUUGGAGGGUCGUGACUUGCCAAAAAAAAUUGGGAUGGUUGUUUGGUUGAGAUGAGGGAUGUUAUCUGCGCUGAUGAGCUUACUGAGGGCCUGUUUUCGGCCGAGUUCCGAUCAUUAUGGUCACUCAACUCCGGAAACCAGUGGUCGACAAGACGGGCUGUUGUGGUACAAGGACCAUGGGCAGCAUGUGAAUGGCGAGUUCUCUAUGGCAGUAGUGCAGGCCAACAAUUUGCUUGAGGACCAGAGUCAGCUUGAGUCAGGAAGUCUGAGCUCGCAUGAUUCUGGUCCAUUUGGUACUUUUGUUGGUGUUUAUGAUGGGCACGGAGGCCCUGAGACAUCUCGCUAUGUCAAUGAUCACCUCUUUCAGCAUCUAAAGAGGUUUACUUCUGAGCAACAGUCCAUGUCAGCAGAUGUAAUACGAAAAGCAUUUCAAGCAACGGAGGAGGGCUUCCUUUCGGUUGUGACGAGGCAAUGGCCGAUGAAGCCACAGAUUGCAGCAGUUGGUUCUUGCUGCCUGGUGGGUGUUGUUUGCAAUGAAAACCUUUACAUAGCUAACCUUGGUGAUUCCCGGGCUGUUUUGGGUCGAGCUGUGAAGGCGACAGGUGAAGUUUUGUCCAUUCAGCUGUCAGCUGAGCACAAUGCUUGCUAUGAGUCUGUAAGGCAGGAGCUGUUUUCUAUGCACCCUGAUGACUCAAAUAUUGUGGUUUUAAAGCAUAACGUAUGGCGUGUGAAAGGUCUUAUACAGAUUUCCAGAUCCAUAGGUGAUGUAUACUUGAAGAAGGCUGAGUUCAACCGGGAGCCUCUAUAUGCGAAGUUUAGGCUUCGGGAACCAUUCAAAAGACCUAUACUGAGUGCUGAUCCCUCCAUUUCAAUACAUAAACUACUACCUGUCGAUCAAUUCGUCAUUUUCGCAUCUGAUGGCCUGUGGGAGCACCUCAGCAAUCAAGAGGCAGUCGAUAUAGUUCAGAAUCAUCCGCGAAGCGUAAGGGAGUGCAAAGAGGCUGGUGAAGGCUGCACUACAAGAAGCAGCAAAGAAGAGGGAGAUGAGGUACUCAGACUUGAAGAAGAUCGACCGUGGGGUUCGUCGCCAUUUCCACGACGACAUCACCGUGAUCGUAUUAUUCCUCGACUCGAACCUCGUGAGCCGGGCGGCGACCAAUGGUGGCCUCGGAAACAAGAUCUCGAACAUAUCUGUUAGAGGGGGUGGAAUCAGCCUCCCUUCUAACACACUGGCUCCUUGUACUGCCCCAUCAGCCACCUGAUAGUGCCUUGGUAGACAAGGCAACUGGUGGGGAUGGAUUUGUUUUUCUAUCAAUAUUUUUGUUUCUCUUUAUAUGUUGCUUCUUUUCUUUUUCUUUGUUGUACUGGUUCUCAGUGUGAAUACCAACCAGAUUAGCUGCUUCCCACAAGAGUAAAACAGGCUCAGAAGAAGAGAAAUGGAGAAAGAUUGAUUCUUUUUUAUUUUUAUUUUAAUGUACAACUGUAACAUGUAACUUGGGAAACUGAAGAAUGCUUUGCACUCCUUUUCCUUUCAGGAAAAAAAAUAUAUGACCUCCCAUCAUCAAAAUAAUUUACAACCGUUGGAUGUUCGGGUAGUCAAGGGC